AUGGCGGAUGUGCCGGUAAAUGCAAAUGCAGGGUGCCCAGGAGUGGGAAGCGAAGGAGCUGGAAAAGCAGCUGGAUGUGCUGGCUGUCCGAACCAGGGAUCUUGUUCCACUGGCCAACCACCAAAGCCGGAUGAUGACAUCAGACUUAUUCAAGACCGAUUUCGUCAUGUCAAGCACAAGAUAUUGAUUCUCAGCGGCAAAGGAGGAGUUGGCAAAAGCACCGUAACAUCUAGCUUAGCGAGAGCAUUGGCUGCUAAUCCAUUGAAGCAGGUAGCCAUUUUGGAUGUAGAUAUCUGUGGACCUUCACAACCCCGUAUGAUGGGAGUUGAAGAGGAGGAGGUUCACGACAGUGCUGACGGGUGGACACCUGUUUCUGUCAAGGAUAAUCUUAUGCUUAUGAGCAUUGCCUUUUUGUUGGGAAACAAGAAUGAUGCUGUUAUCUGGCGUGGUGCACGUAAAAACGGUAUGAUCAAGCAAUUUCUACGUGACGUUGAUUGGGGAGAGGUUGACUACCUGCUGAUUGACACACCACCAGGUACAUCCGAUGAACACAUCUCUUUGGUGCAGUUUCUUUUGCAAGCAGGCAGCCUUGACGGCGCCAUCAUUGUCAGUACUCCACAAGAAGUCUCAUUGCUUGAUGUCCGAAAAGAAGUGAGUUUCUGUCACAAAACGAAAGUUCCUGUUCUGGGUGUAGUGGAGAACAUGGCGAAGUUCGUUUGUCCACAUUGUAAUCAUACCAGCAUAUUGUUCCCGUCAACCACAGGGGGAGUAACAACUAUGUGCGAUGAAGGAAAAUUGCAGCUUCUCGGUCAGCUGCCAUUGGAACCCUCCUUAGCUCAGGCACUAGACAAUGGAGAAGAUUUCUUCGAGAAGUAUCCGGAAUCAGCUAUGGCGAAAGCGUUUCUUGAGUUGGCAAAGAAGAUAGAAGCUUUAUUAGUGUAG